AUGCCUCGUCGAAAAAUAUACGAUGGAGAUGAUCACCGAUGUUCAGAGAAGAAAGAGAGAUACACACGGCAGAGAAGGAGUACUUCCUCCGCUGAAGACUACGAAGAGGAGACGGAGAGAGGGAGUCUCUUACCAUCUUCCACAAACCUCUCGUCAGAAAUUUCCUCUUCAGGUUUGCCACGUGUCACCAGACGAAGGAAAAAUCAUCCGAGGAAGAAAAACACGUCGGUUGUUGUUGAGGAAAAAAGUGAGUUGUCUUCUCCUCCACCAUCUCCGGCAACAGAAAUUUCCUCUUCAGGUUUUCCACGUGUCACCAGACGAAGGAAAAAUCAUCCGAGGAAGAAAAACACGUCGGUUGUUGUUGAGGAAAAAAGUGAGUUGUCUUCUCCUCCACCAUCUCCGGCAAGAUUGUCAUUGUUCGUGCAGAGAUUAAUCCCGUGUACGGUGGCUGUGCCGGUUGUGAUGGAAGGAGUGGAGGUGGUGAAGAGAUUGGAGGAUCCAUACGAGGACUUCGAGGGAUCAAUGAUGGAGAUGAUAGUAGAGAAGAACAUGUUUGAAGUUGCUGAGCUUGAGCAGCUUCUCAUCUACUUCCUAACGCUAAACACGAAACGCCACCAUCGCGCGAUUGUCAAAGAGUUGUCUGAGGUUUGGGUUGCUUUGUUCUCUGGUGGCAAACAGCAGCCGAAGAUCUAG